GCCUCACCUAACCUUUAUUUAUUAGUCGUCGAUUUGGGCUUCGGCUACUGCUUCUGCUUCGGAGAAAAGGACCCCCACCAAACACCCGAAACUCAGGAGUCGCGACCGAGAUCGAGGGAGAGAUCCAAGGUAGAGAAAUGGCGACUCUUACGAGAAUUGGGCUUGCGGGUCUUGCUGUAAUGGGCCAGAAUCUCGCCCUCAACAUCGCCGAAAAGGGCUUUCCCAUCUCUGUCUACAACCGAACCACUUCCAAGGUCGACGAAACCGUCGAGCGCGCCAAGCAAGAGGGGAACCUCCCGGUGUACGGCUUCCACGACCCCGCCUCCUUCGUGAAAUCGAUCCAAAAGCCCCGCGUCGUCAUCAUCCUCGUGAAGGCCGGAGCGCCUGUCGACCAAACAAUCGAAACCCUGUCGGCGCACAUGGAGAAGGGCGAUUGUAUUAUUGACGGGGGUAACGAGUGGUAUGAGAAUACCGAGAGGAGAGAAAAAGCAGUGGCCGAGCUCGGCCUUCUGUACCUCGGCAUGGGGGUCUCGGGGGGCGAGGAGGGAGCAAGGCACGGCCCGUCGCUGAUGCCAGGGGGGUCGUACGAAGCCUACAAGUACAUCGAGGACAUCCUACUCAAGGUGGCAGCGCAGGUUCCUGAUAGCGGCCCCUGCGUCACGUUCAUCGGUAAGGGCGGCGCUGGCAAUUUCGUAAAGAUGGUCCACAACGGGAUUGAGUACGGCGACAUGCAACUCAUCGCCGAGGCUUACGAAGUGCUGAAAUCGGUCGGGCAGCUUUCGAACGAGGAGUUGCACCGAGUGUUCGCGGAGUGGAACAAGGGCGAGCUCCUUAGUUUCUUGAUCGAGAUCACAGCCGACAUCUUCUCGAUUAAGGACGAUAAGGGAGACGGAUACUUGGUCGACAAAGUGUUGGACAAGACCGGGAUGAAAGGGACCGGGAAGUGGACGGUUCAACAAGCCGCGGAGCUAUCGGUGGCGGCCCCGACAAUCGAAGCCUCUUUAGAUUCGCGGUUUCUCAGCGGUUUGAAGGAGGAGAGGGUCGCGGCCGCGAAAGUAUUCCGGUCGGGUGGAUUUACCGAUAUCUUGAGCUCUCAAUCUGUAGACAAAGCGAAGCUCAUCGACGAUGUGAGGCAAGCUCUAUAUGCGUCGAAGAUAUGUAGUUAUGCUCAAGGAAUGAACAUUCUAAGAACCAAGAGCAUAGAGAAAGGGUGGGAUCUCAAUUUGGGCGAGCUCGCGAGGAUCUGGAAGGGCGGGUGCAUUAUCCGAGCCAUCUUCUUGGAUCGGAUCAAGAAGGCGUACGACCGAAACCCGAACUUAGCGAACCUCCUCGUGGACCCGGAGUUCGCCCAGGAGAUAAUCGAUCGGCAAGCUGCAUGGCGGAGGGUCGUGUGUCUCGCAAUCAACGCCGGGGUGAGCACGCCAGGUAUGUCCGCCAGCUUGGCCUAUUUCGACAGCUACAGAAGGGAGAGGCUCCCUGCGAACUUGGUUCAGGCUCAGCGAGACUACUUCGGGGCUCACACUUACGAGAGGACCGACAUUCCCGGCUCUUUCCACACCGAGUGGUUUAAGAUCGCGCGGCAAUUGAAGAACUGAGAUUUACGAUACUCGCGAAGGAUUUAUGAUUCUUGUUUACUUAAAAACUCAAUUUCUAUGGGACUUGUUGUGUUCUUCAUUGCAUAUGCUACUCUCUUUUUAUCUUGUGAAAAAUAAAAGGAAAACUCUCUGUUGCUUCGACUUUUCGAAUAUGAUGGUUGCAGUAUCUUACAAUCUGCUGCUUACAGUUUUCUGCAACAGCUUCAGAAUUUUCUGAAAUCAUAAUUUAAUGAUGCAAAUUUUCCC